AUGUACCUGGCAGCGGUCUUGGCGGGGAGGAGGCGCCCGGGCGGCGGCGGCUGGCACCUGGGGGCGGGGUGGCUGCUCCUGGUGCUGCUGGGCGAGUCCGGGACCCGGGCGCUCGUCUGCCUCCCCUGCGACGAGUCCAAGUGCGAGGAGCCCAAGAGCUGCCCCGGCAGUAUCGUGCUGGGCAUCUGCGGCUGCUGUUUCAUGUGCGCCCGGCAGCGCAACGAGAGCUGCGGGGGCGUCUACGGGCUGCACGGAGCCUGCGACCGCGGGCUUCGCUGUGUCAUCCGCCCCCCUCUCAACGGGGACUCCAUCACCGAGUACGAAGUGGGCGUCUGCGAAGAUGAAAAUUGGGAUGAUGAUCAGCUGCUUGGAUUUGAACCUUGCAAUGAAAACCUUGUAACAGGUUGCAACAUAAUCAAUGGGAAAUGCGAAUGUGACACCAUUCGCACCUGUAGUAAUCCAUUUGAGUUUCCAAGCCAGGAUGCUUGCCUGUCAGCUUUAAAAAGGAUUGAAGAAGAGAAACCUGACUGUUCCAAGGCCCGCUGUGAGGUCCAGUUUUCUCCUCGCUGUCCAGAAGAUUCCAUUUUGAUUGAAGGUUAUGCUCCUCCAGGGGAAUGCUGUCCACUUCCAAGCCGCUGUGUGUGCAACCCUGCAGGUUGCUUGAGGAAAGUUUGCCAACCAGGCUACUUGAAUAUAUUGGUUUCUAAAGCAUCAGGGAAGCCAGGGGAGUGCUGUGAUCUCUACGAAUGUAAACCAGUUUUCAGUGUGGAUUGCAGCACAGUGGAAUGCCCUCCUGUUCAACAAAUUGUUUGUCCACUGGAUAGCUAUGAAACCCAAGUCAGGCUGACGGCUGAUGGCUGCUGUACUCUUCCCACAAGAUGCGAGUGUCUCUCUGGUUUAUGUGGUUUCCCCAUGUGUGAGGCAGGCUCCAUUCCCCAAAUAGUCUCACGUGGAGACGGAACACCCGGCAAGUGCUGUGAUGUCUUUGAAUGUGUCAAUGAAGUGAAACCAGCUUGCAUAUUUAACAGUGUGAAGUAUUAUGAUGGAGACAUGUUUCGAAUGGAUGCCUGUCGUUUCUGUCGAUGUCAAGGUGGCGUCUCGAUUUGUUUCUCAGCCCAGUGUGGCGAGCUGCACUGUGACAGGUACUAUGUGCCAGAAGGAGAGUGCUGUCCAGUCUGUGAAGAUCCAGUAUAUCCAGUUAAUAACCCUGCUGGCUGCUAUGCCAAUGGUCAGAUCCAAGCACAUGGAGAUCGAUGGAGAGAAGAUGACUGCACUUUCUGCCAGUGUAUCAAUGGAGACCCUCACUGUGUGGCAACAGCCUGUGGACAGAGUUGCCUGAAUCCUGUUAAGGUACCUGGGGAAUGCUGCCCAGUGUGUGAAGAACCAACAUAUAUCACAAUAGGUCCACCCACAUGUGAGAUUUUGGUGAACUGCACAUUGACUGAGAAAGACUGUAUGUACAGUUUCAGACUGGACCAAAAUGGUUGCCGCAUUUGUCAGUGCAAAACUAGAGAGGAGCUGUGUACUGGCCUCAUAUCAGGGUGUUCCUUGGACUGUUCCUUCGGUUUCCAGACUGAUGUCCACAACUGUGAGAUCUGUCAGUGCCGUUCAAGGCCUAAGAAAUGCAAACCCAUAGUAUGUGACAAGUACUGUCCAUUUGGAUACUUGAAGAACAAGCAUGGCUGUGACAUCUGUCGCUGUAAGAAAUGCCCAGAACUUCCUUGUGGUAAGAUCUGUCCAAUGGGCUUCCAGCAGAAUAAUCAUGGUUGUCUUCUCUGUAAGUGCAGAGAGAUACCAGAUUCUGUUAUGCCACCAGUUAAAACAGGCUCUUGCCUGUCAAUGGAUGGGCGGCGUCAUGAGAAAGAGGAGAGCUGGCAUGAUGGUUGCCGAGAAUGUUAUUGUCACAAUGGACGGGAGAUGUGUGCCUUGAUCACCUGCCCUGUACCUAACUGUGGCAACCCUACCAUACAUCCAGGACAAUGUUGUCCAUCAUGUCCAGAUGAAUCUAUUGUGCAGAAGCCAGAGCUCAGCAGUCCAUCUAUCUGCCAUGCUCCAGGAGGAGAGUACUUUGUAGAAGGAGAGACAUGGGAUAUUGAUUCCUGCACGCAGUGUACAUGCCAUAGUGGACGUGUUCUGUGUGAGACUGAAGUCUGUCCACCUCUUCUUUGUCAAAACCCCAUCCGUACGCAGGAUUCCUGCUGUCCACAGUGCCCAGAUGAACCUCUUCAGCCUUCCUCAUCGAGCAAUGAGAGCAUGCCCAGUUACUGCAAAAAUGAUGAAGGAGAUAUUUUCCUGACAGCUGAGUCCUGGAAACCCAAUGUCUGUACUAGUUGUAUUUGCAUGGAUGGUGUGAUUAGCUGCUACUCUGAAUCUUGCCCACCAGUAUCCUGUGAGAGACCUGUUUUGAGAAAAGGACAGUGUUGUCCUUAUUGUAUAGAAGAUACAAUACCAAAGAAGGUGGUGUGUCACUUUAGUGGAAAAACAUAUGCAGAUGAGGAACGUUGGGACAUUGACAGCUGCACACACUGCUACUGCCUGCAGGGUCAGACCCUUUGCUCCACUGUCAGUUGCCCCCCUCUCCCCUGUGUAGAACCCAUCAACGUUGAGGGAAGUUGCUGUCCCAUGUGUCCAGAGAUGUAUGUACCUGAGCCCACCAACAUCCCCAUUGAGAAGACAAAUCAUCGAGGAGAUGCUGAACUAGAAGCACCAAUUUGGCCUACACCCAGUGAAAAUGGCAUUGUCCAUCUCCACAGAGACAUGAGUCAUCUUCAAGGAGAUUUCAGAGAAGGCAUUGGACUGCACUCCAGUGAAGAUACAUCUCUCAACUCCGUUGCCUGGGUGACGGUUCCCAUCAUGACAGCCCUGGUUCUUAUAAUAGCCCUUCUGCUUGUCAAUCAGAAAAAGCAGUGGAUACCAGUGUCCUGCUACAGAGCCCCAACAAAGCCUUCUUGCCUAAACAAUCAGCUGGUAUACGUGGACUGCAAGAAAGGAACCAUGGUCCAGGUGGACAGUUCUCAGAGAAUGCUAAGAAUUGCUGACCCAGAUUCAAGAUACAGUGGAUUCUACAGCAUGCAAAAACAGAACAACCUACAGGCAGAUAAUUUCUAUCAAACAGUUUGA